GAGAAUUAGGGAAGGACAGUUUUGUUUAAUCUCAUUGGAGAAAGGUCAGUCCUUGCCAACAAAACUAUUUCCUCUUCUAUUAAUAUAAGACCUAGUUAGGCAAACAGAAUUGAAUAGAACUUGCCAGCUUUAACAAUCAAGCCUUAGUAAAAAACAAAAAAACAAACAGAACAAAAAAAAAUACGGUUAUUUCCUACAAUCAAAGGGCUUUUUCCUACAAGCAAAAUCCAAGCAACAGUUCUCUUGAAGACCGGGGCUACACAGGAGUUCAAGGAUACCGUGAGUAAUACCGACACUUAUGAGAAAUAACAAGGGGAAUUUCAACUUUAAAAGAGGAACCUUUUGGGCAGAAGCUGCAUAUGUGCAUUUGCAAGAGGAUAGCGUUGAUUUUCUCUGUCCAAGUCUUUCAGCACAUAGCAGAGAACAGAGGAAAAAAUGAGCAUUUAUAUUGUCAAGAUCCAUGCUGGAGUAUUUUGCUGCCUUUGAGACAGGAUGCCUGGAGAAAGAAAUUAGAGAUACCCUCCCUUUGGUUGUGGAGAAAGAAUUUUGCUUGCAGAGGCAGUGGAAUGCUUCAUGAUCUUUGGACCAAAGCCUUCUGGACAGUGCCUGAAAGAACUUGCAUCAGCUGAUUAAGGGCAUCCUUUAAAUAAAGAAAGAGAGUUUUCUCACAACACUGCAGUUUACUGACCCACAUAAUGGUUGAGCAACUGUCUCUGAAGCAGCUCAUCUAAGAGCAACAGAAGUCACAUUGUGACCUCCCUCUCCACACUAUGUGGAAAUCCUGAAGGAUCCAGGAGCCUUCAACAUGCAGCCAGCCCUGCAACCACCAUCUGGAAGACAGCAGCCAGGAAACUCUGUGGGACCUUUGAGACUUUUGUCUUCAGCUUCAAAACUAACCCAUAAAGAAAGGCAUGGAGAAAGUGUUAUCUGUUGUGGGUCUUUGUGUGUGUGUAUUUUUUUUUCCCUUGAGUUUUGUUUUUCUCUCUUAUUUUCAUUUCCAGUUUUGGUCUUUGCUCUUGUGAGAGUGUCAUUGCAAAACAUGCCUUGUUAUAGCAGUACAGUCGUUUAUAUUUCCAGUUGCUAAACUGUUUUUAAUUCUCCUCUUCUAAACCUUCACUAGAUCCAAAAAACAUGGCUAUUGUGUUGGUUUUUUUUUUUUGUUUGACUCAAAGAAAAAAUUCUUAUUUGCGGGAGAAAAACAUGACUGCUGAGAAGGAGUGCCUGUAGGUUUCUGUGGCAUAGGCACAGGCAAGUUGGCAUGGGCAAUUUCAUUUAGGAAAUCAGUUGUGUGGUUCAAUUGAGUGGGGUCCAGCCGAGGUAAACAUUCACCACAUAGCAGAGUGGUUUAUAGAGCAGGAGGAGAAUGACCUCUGCUUAUAGCAAUGCAUCCUGCACAAGCUCCCUCUCUUCUGCUAUGACCUCAGUGAGUCUCACCACAAAGUACGUUAUCUGUAUCCUCUGGUGCAUCCAAGUUUCUUUCUCCUCUUUCCUAAGAAAAGGCUGAAUCUGGAAAAAUUAUGGUUUGUGUUUUGCAGUACACUCACAGAAAACAUGACAGCUGACUGAGGGAAAUUCUGUGUUAAACAGAAAAAUAAACUUGCUCCCAGAGAUCUGCGGUAAAGAAGAUCAAAGUGUACAAGCUUAAAAUAAAACAUAGCAAAAAAAAAAGGGGAAACCAGAAGACAGCAAUCAUACUUUUUUUUUUUUUUUUUCAUGUAAGAGCUGAAGAGUUUUACACCUUCUCCACCAAAAGAGCACUCUUUGGAAUCAUUCAGAAAGGAGAGUGAAGCACCUUGGGUGGCAUGGUGUGAAGGCUUCUCCCAGAUACAUGGAAAUAGCACAGGAAAAACACAAAGGCACUGCUAACCAUCAGCUGCAAGCCAGUAGAUGUAGGAACAGUUCUCUCACCUAUAAAUGAGAAAUACUUGGGGAUAGAGCCUUGGCUGUUAAACAAGAUUAUAUAGGUUCACUAUGUGAAUUCAGUCACAGAAGUGUUCUGCUUAUCAGAUGAGUCAUAGGGCUUUUUUUUCCUAAAUAGAUACUUUUUUUUUUCUCUUGACCAAACCAUGUGACACGUAGCCUCAACUCUUUAAGCCCCGUAGGAUUACUUUCAGUUGUCUUUCACUAUGGUUCCUGUUACACGGUGGAAGGUUGCCCAUUUCAUCACUUCUGGUAGAUGACAUCAUUGCGCUGUCUGUCUCCGCCACCUACUCCUCCUGUGUCACCCUCUCCUCUUCCUCUGCUUUCAAUUCCCCAUCUUCUUCCCUGUUCAGCUAAGGGCAAGCAUUCCUCUCUCCUCUGUGCCAGUUGUUCUGGACACUCUGGCCCUUUGUAGUCCAUGGAUUCUGUGCCCCUCCCAUGGCAUACCCAGUAAUCUCGAACCUCACCACAUUCACGGUUAACCAGAGCAUCAUGGAGGUCUGCAUAUUCUUUCUUUAUGCCAUAAUACUUCUCCCAGGUAUUGCUGCCAACGUACAUCACGUGAAGUCAUUUCUCAAUCACACUGCAUACCUAUCUUGCUACUUCCCAAACUCUCAGAAAACUGACAUAAAUAAUGUAAUAGUUUUUUGGCAAAAAGGUACGGGUGAAGUGGUACAUGAAGUUUACCUUGGCCAGGAAAAACACGAUCACCUUAAUUCUAAGUACAUAAAUCGUACCAAGAUGGAUAUGGACAAAUGGACCUUGCAAUUGUUAAAUGUAGGGAUUGUGGAUGAGGGGCAGUAUAAGUGUAUUAUUAUGCACGUGGACAAGGGACCAAAAAAGCUCAUACACGAAUCUGAGUGCUUACUGAACAUCACUGCCAACUAUAGUCAACCUGUGAUAGCACAGCUACACACUGGGGAACCAAAGCCCAAUGAAAACCUGAAUCUUUCCUGUUCUUCCAGCGGAGGUUAUCCAGAGCCCAAGCAGAUGAUUUGGCUAAUUUCAAGUGAAAACAUAACAGAUAGGCUUAUACGACACAUGGAUGUCUUACAGGAUGCUGUCACAAAGCUGUAUAAUGUUACCAGCAAGCUGAAUAUCCCAGUUCCUACAAAUACACUCACUAAUAUUAGCUGUUUGCUUCACCUUGGAGAGCAGCAGGGGAGCCUUGUCUCAGUGCCGCUAGUCAUAGAGAUACCGGCAGAAGAAAUGGAACCGGUGAAGGUAAAUUUCUUUGGCCCACUUGUAGCUGUAAUUUUACUGGUCACGCUUCUUCUGGGUUUUUUGAUAUUGAAGAACAGAAAUAUCUCAUCUACCAGCCAGAGUGUCAGUCUCGCAGUCUAAAAGAUAUCCAGCUUGAAAUAGAGGCCAGCAGCUAUAGACUGCUGACUGGGAACCAUUUCUGCACAUAGUGAGGCCUGAGGUCCCGUUCUUUCAGAUGCUGCCAGAACAAGAAUCCUCUCCAAACACUCUGCAGAACAACAUGCAAUAAUUUCGUCUGAUGACUGAAGUCCACUGUCCAGUGUUCCUUGCUUUUAUUUUUGCUACAGAACAGUAGCAAAUACAAUACUCAUUCUGUCUCUAUGAGUUUCUUUUACCCUUUGAUGAAAACUCUUCUGAUUUAUUGGGCAUUUUGGUCAAACGAUUGUCAGUGUUCACCUCAGUCUUCUACAUUAUUAAUUGGCACACGUUAAUUUUCCUGGCUCCUGGUACAGUUACUCUGGCUGCAGUCCUGAUCACUAAGAGGAAAUACCACCUUGGACCUUCCUGCACUCAGUGGCUUGAUUCACUUCUGCAUGGACUAAUGUGGUUUUGCCUUCUAUGAUACUACCUAGAUAUGAAGAACUGAAUUUAGUGAUCUCGUUAAACCUGGAAAGAGGAGAUGAACACCUUGCCAUCCACAUGCCACAAGAAAAAAAAAAGAAAAAAGAAAAAAAAGGGGGGAGGAAAUCUUUCUUCUAACACAAAGAGGUAUGAUGUAUUUAGCAACUGGACAGGAAGGAAGAUGGUGAGAUAUGAAUGGCAGAAAUCUUCCCACUUUGUCAACAGUAACAAAUAAGCAGAGAAGCACAGCAAGCAGCUGCUCCAACUGUUACAAGUAUGAAAUAUCUUCUUUUCAUUGUUUUCUUUUGUUUUGUUUUUUGCUGGGACUCCUUCACCAUUUGACAAGGCCACAGAAAACUGCUAAGCACUUAGCAGCACUACUAUCACUGGCUAAGUGGCAGGUUUUUUAAGGGCAAAGGCUGACUUGGGAGAAUGCUGAGUGUCUGCGUAAGAAGAAGCUGUUUAAAAGUCUAAGCACUCCCCAAGACCCUGCAGUCUUCAGCUGUAUGGUUGGGUUUGACACCUGUGACUGUUUUGCUGUAUCUUUCAUUAUGCUCUGUGACACUGUAAAAUGCUGUCAGUGAGAGUCAAUGAAGAGAGCAGAACAGCGAGGGUUGCAGAAGCGACUGUCUCAGAAAUAGAAAGAGUUGGGCCACAACCUGUGAAUCGUUGCCCUCGCUGGAAAUAUGAUCAGAGUCAGGGUAUUUAAUCAUGAGCCAUAAAUGCUCUGGGCUUUGUAUGGCCUUGUACCAGCAACUUUCUUGUAAACUCCAUGGUAGAAAAAGGAACUUAAAGGCACUGCCCCACCUUCUGAGAAAAGCCACGAAAUUUCCUUAGGGCAUCUGAAACUAGAAAUAACUGAAGGAAAAAAUUGUUUUUAAUAUAAUUUUCUGUUAUUGUACCUUUUUUUUUAAACUAUCCAAGAUUAAUAUCUUCCUAUGUAUUACCGACCAGAUGCUGUACUACAGGUUUUUCAGGUGGAUGCAGGGAUAGAAUAUUGAAGUAUGAGGUAUCAUUCAUUUGUGUAUAAAUCUAGAUAUACAAAGUUAAGCAAAGCAGAUACUGAAAAAAAAAAUGAUAAUAAGUGGGGCAUGUUCCAGUUUGGUUGACUGUCUUCUCCCUUUCUUAAUUUGGCGUCCAAGUUUAAAGAUACAGUAGUCCAUACACGAUGCUAUGCUCAACUAUAGGAUAUAGUUUUACCUUUCAGGACAGGUUACUUCUUUCAUUCAAAAUGUUCCAGUCCUCAAUCUUGAACAAUGUUUGCAUUUUAUUUUCUGUGAUGCUACUGACAACUUCCAAGAAAUAUGCAGAAGAUAUGAGACAAAUUUUUUUGAGAUCUUGAUUGCGUUUGUAAGCCGCCAUAAUAUGGACAUUAACAUUACAUUCUCAAGACAAAAUUCAGCUCAGAUUUGCAUUCUGGGGACAUAAAUUCUCCACUGUUCCUACUGGGUAAAAAGAUUCUUUUCUGUUGAGUUUUCUCAUUUCUGAUUCUGUUUUCUGUUGUUAAGAAUUGCUGGACUCCACCUCAGUUUCACCUGUAUUUUCACGUGAGUAAGAGAAUUUGCAUGUUAUCUGGAGUUUGUAACACCAUUUGGGAGUCAGUUUAUUAAGCUAUUAUGCAUCAAGCCAAACAUUUUUAUUCAGAUUAGUAUCAUUCAAAUGAUAUGAAAAGUCACAGCUCUUAUUUUCAUGUAAGGUUUUAUAUUUGCUAGCAAAAUUAUUUAAUGACAUUAAAAUAUACAUAUUUUUC